CCCGCCUGCCGUUGCCUGCCAGGGCUUCUGGAAUACCUACAGAGCCUUAUCAUUGCUUCUCGGCUGAGCAUCUCGACUCACCAGCACAUAAAAGUGCAUACUUUAGCACCAACAGUGUGUUCAUAGAAUCCUGAGGUUCCAGCUAUAAUCUGGCCCGCCACACCCUCACUCUGGCCAAGCACACAAGGCUGAGCUCCCCGCCCGAAGCCUGGAAUCUCCGAACCAGCGAUGUGCCAAAUCGAUGGCCGACCGCCAGUCGCAGCUGCUACCGAGCACGACGACUGUCGCUCAGAUGACUUCCCCUGGCAUAUCGGGGUCUGUGAUGCCCACUGCCACCCUACGGACACCAUGUCCUCCAUCGCCAGCAUAACCCGCAUGCGGACACGGGUGCUCACCAUCAUGGCCACGCGCUCGCAGGACCAAGACCUCGUAGCAUCCGCCGCAGCUGAGCACGGCAUUCAAAACCGCGCCGCAAUCGCCUUGCCCGCAGCCCAACACACCCCAGACCGAGUGGUGGCCGCAUUCGGCUGGCACCCCUGGUUCUCGCACCAGCUCUACGACGAUACGGCAUGCGAAAACCCAUUUGACCCUCACAACGCCGAACACAAAGCAAAACACUACAGCUCGGUGCUGACGCCCCCCCCAGACGAGGCCUUCAUCGCCGCCCUGCCGGACCCGCUUCCACUAAGCCUCUUCCUCACUGAAACGCGGCGGCGUGUUCUCGAAGCGCGAACCGCGCUCAUCGGCGAGGUGGGGUUGGACAAAGCCUUUCGGCUGCCCUGGCCAUGGAACGCGGCGGAACAUUCGUCCCGCGACCAGACGUUGACACCGGGCGGGCGCGAGGGGCGCACGCUGAGCAUGCACCAUGUCCGCAUGCCGCACCAGAUUGCGGUGCUCAAGGCACAGCUGCGGCUGGCGGGCGAGCUGGGCGUGGCGGUUAGCGUGCAUGGGGUGCAGGCGCACGGGGUGCUUUUUGACGCGCUGGCGUCGCUAUGGAAGGGGUUUGAGAAGGAGGUGGUGUCGAGGAGGAAGCAGAAGCUGGUUGCGAAGGGGGCGGAGGACUUUGAAUCCAGCGAAGAGGAGGAGGAGUAUGGUGAUGAGGGGUUGGAGGAGACACAGAGGAUAGCGGGCAAGGGCUUCAAGCCAAAGCCUUUCCCUCCGCGGGUAUGCUUGCAUUCGUUUAGUGGCUCGCCGCAGACGGUGCAGCAGUACCGGAACCCGUCCAUCCCCCUGCGCGUAUACUUUUCCUUCUCCACCGUGAUCAACCUGUCGACAGCCGGAGGAGAGAGCAAGUUCCCUGACGUCGUGCGGGCGUGUCCCGAUGAUCGGGUGCUGCUCGAGAGCGAUUUGCAUUGUGCCGGCGAGGACAUGGACCGGGUGCUUGAAGAUAUUGCUCGGAAAGUCUGUGAGAUCAAAGGCUGGUCGCUGGAGGAGGGGUUGACGAGGAUACGGAAGAAUUAUGAAGAGUUUAUAUUUGGCUGAGGGCAUGUUGUGCCAACUCUCUGGUUGAGCUCGUUGUUUGACCGUGGAGCUGCUCGAACGGAGCAUUCAAGAUGCAGGUACAACUGGCUAUGCAAAACCAUGCCAAUUGGAAGCUCAGAGUGAUGCUUUCUUGAUCAAUCUAAUCAGAACGGAAGCGUUUCUCAUCAAAAUAACGUCGUUCUAGCGUCAAAGUCGGAGUGUUGAUUGGGACAAUGGCCUUCAAAGUACGUUAAGGACGAAGGCCAUGAGUUUUGACUGUCCAUAGAUUAGGUCACUAAACUCAUAUAAAAAUGAAGGACCUCACAGGUCACGGAAGCUCUCCGACGAC